AUGGUCAUAAGACGAGGAAACCUUUCAUGGGUAACCAGUUUCUCAUCAACCGAUAUUCAUGUGUCUGAAGAAUCAUCCAGAACAACUUCAAACACUUCUGGUGAAUCGAAUGAUAGUUGGUGUGAACGCCAAUGUCCAGUUAUAUUAAAAUCAAAUCCACAAAAUCAAGUAAAGUGGGAAAAUACAUUUCACAUGAGGCAAAUGACUCUGUCUAGCCUUUCAUCAUCAUCUGGUCAGAUGAGACAAACAUUAAGUGCUCAAGCUGCUGGAACUAAACUUCGCGGACGUUGUAUGACGAGUGCUAGUAAAUCAUUAGAAUUGUUAAGACUUAAUGUACAAAAUGUUAUUAAUAAAGAAAUAGACGCCGUGCUUAAAAAAUAUUUGGACAAAUUUUUUAAACCGGCAAUCGAAAAUAUACGUAAUAAUUUAGGAGAAAACAGUGUAACAGAAGACAACAUUCGAACGGUUUGUACGCAAAUAUUAGAAGAUGCAAAAUUGCAAUAUUAUAAUGGUAUACAAUCGAGAGGAAGUUCGCCCUACAGCGAUUCCGAAACGGGAAGUUUAGGCGAACGAGCCAAUAAGGUUUUAGGUUUCGGUCAAACUCGUGGAAGGUUGUAUACAAAACACCCGGAACUUUUAAAAUAUUCAGGUGAUGCAGAAGAUAAAGAAUGGUUAUCAAGGCAUAAUUUGAUGCCUCCCACGGGUGGCAUAGCUUAUUUAUUAAUUUUAGAAGAUGUUAAGGAAUUAGCAGAAUCCGAAGAAUACAGGCAUAAUCCGAAUGUUUUAUUAGGGGAUUUAAAAGGUUUCGAAGCUCCCGAUUUUAUGUUAAAGAAAAUUCGAAUAUUCAUUGCUCAAUCUCGAACAGAUGUUAAAGAACAAUCUAGCCUUAAUUAUUUUAACAACAACGACAGACCGAACAGUCGAAAUGAUUUGAGUCUAGAUUGUGCUUCCGUUAUAAUGACUCCACCGGCAACGAUACUCGGUUCUACCCCGAACACUCCUUCCGAAUCAUUAGAUCUCGUCGAUUGUUCUCCAGGACUCUUAUCAUCGACACAAACCCAUGAUUUUUUAUCAUCAAACGCGAAUAAUUUAAUUUACGAUAGCGUCGUUUAUUGCGAAAACAACAAAUUCAAUCAAUCGUUUUUCUAUUCGUCAGGGUCUCCAUUUUGUGGAAAUAUCACAAAUCAUUCUUCUUCUUCUUCAUCAUCAUCUUCUGCUUCUUCUUUGGCUUCGCUUUUGGUAUCUCAAAUCGAAAGUGAAAACUUAUUGGAAAAAGUUUGA